UGAAGGGCUUCCCCAGGUGUAUUACUUCGGACCGUGUGGAAAGUACAACGCCAUGGUACUAGAGCUGCUUGGUCCUAGCUUGGAAGAUUUAUUUGACCUCUGUGAUAGGACGUUCACUCUGAAGACGGUAUUAAUGAUAGCCAUCCAGCUGAUCUCUCGAAUGGAGUACGUGCAUUCAAAGAACCUCAUCUACCGAGAUGUCAAGCCAGAAAACUUCCUAAUUGGCCGGCAAGGCAAUAAGAAAGAGCACGUCAUCCACAUCAUAGACUUCGGACUGGCAAAGGAGUACAUUGACCCAGAAACCAAAAAACACAUACCUUACAGGGAACACAAGAGCUUAACUGGAACGGCAAGAUACAUGUCCAUCAACACUCAUCUUGGCAAAGAGCAAAGUCGUCGAGACGACUUGGAAGCCCUCGGCCAUAUGUUUAUGUAUUUCCUCCGAGGCAGUCUGCCGUGGCAAGGAUUGAAGGCUGACACCUUAAAAGAGAGGUAUCAGAAGAUUGGGGACACAAAGAGAAACACUCCAGUUGAAGUUCUCUGUGAGAACUUUCCAGAGGAGAUGGCCACGUACCUCCGUUAUGUUCGGCGAUUAGACUUCUUUGAGAGACCAGACUACGAUUAUUUACGAACCAUCUUCACAGAGCUGUUUGAAAAGAAAGGCUACACCUUUGACUACGCCUAUGACUGGGUUGGCCGGCCAAUUCCUACUCCAGUGGGAUCCGUUCACGUAGAUUCUGGGACGUCUGCAAUAACACGAGACAGCCACGUCCAUAGGGACCGGCCAUCACAACAGGCCCUUCGCAAUCAGGCAUCCUCAGAUCGCCGAGGAGAGUGGGAGAUCCAGCCAAGCCGGCAGACGAAUACCUCGUACUUGACAUCUCAUCUGGCUGCAGAUCGGCACGGAGGAUCAGUCCAGGUGGUUAGCUCGACCAACGGGGAGCUGAACGUGGACGACCCGACGGGGGCACACUCCAACGCGCCAAUAACGGCACAGGCGGAAGUGGAGGUGGUGGAGGAAGCUAAGUGCUGCUGCUUCUUUAAGAGGAAACGGAAGAAGACAGCUCAGCGUCACAAGUGACCGGUGCCUCCUGGGCCUUGCAGGAACCACCACGCCUGCAGCUCCUGCCCUGUCUCACUGGAAGGGGCUUCUCUUUAGGGGGGAGGAGGAGGCAUAGGAGGAAGAGAGAAAAAAAAAAAGUGACAUUUUAAACCAAAAAGAGAAGAAAACGUUCCAAAACAAACCACUCUGGGGUGGAUCUGCUGAAUGGUCUCCCUCGUUCACUCCAAGCCUGAAGCUCCUUUUGGGACCAGGACUGUGGCUGGCUCAGGUCUUGGUCGCCCUGGGAGGGGGGCUGGCUGGCUGACCCUCCUUCCCGUUGUUUACGGUGAAGGCAUCGUACACGUAAACCUGAGGACUCUGCUUAGCUCCUGCUCACUUUCCUGCCCCCCUCCCCUGCGCUCUCUGCUCCUCCGUCCUCCUCCCUCCUUAAUUAAGUGAAGAAAUACCGUAGGCUCGAUUGGCUGUGGAGAGGGCAGGAGGAUGCGGUGCAGGCAGGAGAGUUGCGUGAGAGAAGGGCCUGACUGCUGCAGCAGUAAGAGACAGGUUCCCUUUUCGGCUCCUUGGGAACAGUUACACUGUAAUGUGCAAGCUGUGAGAAAUUUGCAAUCUACUGUUCCAGUUAGGUUUUUUUUCCGGCUCCCUUGACACCUCCCUCCUCUGACAGUAACAGAGCAAUGUGGAUUGUUUUAAAGAA